AUGGAGGUUGCGCGCGGAGAGGGUUCUGUGCAGUCCUCGUACUCGCGGGAUUCGCGCGAAGAUGUGACCUCCUUAUACAGCGCGAACCCCUUCAGCGAUGAGGACGAGGAAGAGACGUCCAUAAUGUCCUCGUUUAUCUCCAGAUUCAAGUCCACGUUCAACUCGCCUGCAACCUCUGCCAUAUCUUAUCCCAGCAUAACCGCUACUGUGAACGCCACGACGCCACCUCCUAGUGCACGGCCAACCUCUCCGCCGAUACCGCGGAGACCGUCCAAUUCGGCCACGCAGUCGAUUGAAUCGUCACGGACUUCGAGCUCUAAGCAGCUCGCCCCACUCUCCAUGACCUCUUCUAAUAUCGCCCCGCCCUUGAUAUCUCUCACUCCGGUCCAGUCUGAGGCACCUUCGUUCGACUUUCCGCAGGAUAUCCCUCGCUCUUCUUCUCGUAACGCGGCGUUCAUGACGCCAUCCGUCUCCGAGGCUGCCUGGGACGGAGGGACGUCCAUACCAGGCUUCCCUAUACCGGACGACGCCCGAAGCAUCCGGACCAUGACCAGUGUCAAUGGCCAUUUUCGUCGAUCUGACUCAGUCUCCAAGGUCAUCCGCCGCAUACGAGGGGAAGGCCUAUCUCGCGAAUACUGGAUGGAUGACGAGAAUUGCAAAGAAUGUUACGACUGCAAAAGUGUGUUCACGGCGUGGCGGAGAAAACACCAUUGCCGUAUAUGCGGCUCUAUCUUCUGCUCGCGCUGCGCCUCAAAUAUAAUCAAGGGUUACAGGUUCGGGCAUAACGGGAUGAUCAGGGUGUGCAACUUAUGUCUUGACAAACUGAAGACGGUCGAGGAAGAUGAGGACGAUGAUCACGACCGACAUUCCAUCUCGUCCUCAGUCGUCAGCACGCCUUUUGCCGCACAUCAAUUUGGCCAAUCCUCGUCCCCGUUCUCUGCCUCACAACUAUUCGGGCGCGCAGACGAACCUUUCAACUUGUUCUCGAUUGCGGAGACGAGGAGGCGACAGAUCUCGGGCUCAGAUGAUAGCGGUUUUGGGUCACGCCCCAUGACUCCCGACGGCUAUCCGAACAUGCACUCGUCUGGCGGUUUCAAGGUCGUCGCUCCUUUUCGUCGGGCAAUGGGCGACGAUGAGGGUCACGAUGGCCCCUUGGCUUCGUCCUACGCACAUCCCAUGUCACCUGCUGGGACCAGGUCGAAGACACCUGUCGAUUUCCCCGUAUCUGCGCCCCUGGGUGACGGUGCGACAAGCACGAUACAGUUCCCGCAAAGUUCUCCGGAACGCAAUACAGAUAGUCCAGGCCCCUUCGGACGCCUGCGAUACGACUCAGUCGCGGACUGGGACACCGAUACGCCGUUCAUCCGUAGCCGAGUUCAAAGCCGCCUGGUUGAUCUCAUGACGCCAGAUGGUGGUUGGAGAGAGAGGCGCGAUAGCAUGGCCUAUGCUCAUGAGCUCAACCUGGUGUCCAUGUUCCAUCUACGGCUUAUGCUUCGGCAGAUGCUCACUCGAGAACACAUACCAGAUCUGCAUGAAUGGGAGGAAACACUUCUGAAGCUUGCUCUCCAAGUGGCGAAGGAGUUGACCUUCACGGCCUAUCCUCAACGGCAGGGGACUGAUAUGGACGUGCGUCGAUAUGUCAAGAUCAAGAAGGUCCCUGGUGGUGCUCCGCGCGACUCAGAAUACGUUGACGGGAUGGUGAUCACCAAGAACGUAGCGCACAAGUCAAUGCGACUCGAAGAGCGACACCCUCGCAUCAUGCUCGUCACUUUCCCGCUCGAGUUCUCACGCGUAGAGGGCCAGUACAUGCACUUUGGACAAAUCGUGCGUCAGGAGAAGGAGUACCUCGGGAAUCUGACUUCACGAAUACUCGCUCUUAGGCCGCAUGUCGUACUAGCGGAGAAGUCUGUCUCGCGGCUGGUGCUGGACGCGCUGGCCAAGCAGCGCAUCGCGGUAGCGCGAGGUGUCAAGCACAGCGCCAUUGAAGCCGUUGCUCGGAUGACUCAGGCAGACAUCCUCAGUAGCAUCGACAAGCUUGCCUUGGAGCCGCGACUCGGUCACGCGGGCUCCUUCGUCGUGAAAACGUUCGACCAUCCUCUAAUUCCCGGUCGGCGCAAAAGUUACAUGCGCUUUGAAGGUUGCGCGCGCGAGUUGGGCUGCACCAUCGUUCUUCGUGGCGCCGAUCUUGACACUCUGCGACGCGUGAAGAAAGUCACUCGCUUCCUCAUGUUUAUCGUUCGCAACCUCAAGCUUGAGACCCAUCUUUGGAAGGACUCAGUCAUCAGCUUCCCUCACUUGACGCCCGAUGCCGUUCCGCCCCGAUACAAUCCCAGUGCCGUGGACACUGAAGUGCCCCUUGCCGUCGCCUUUGCUCGCUGGAUCAACACACCUCCUUCCGAGAUCGGGUCGUGCGCGGUCAUCCAGGUCGAGGACGAGAAUGACAUCGAAAACGGCGAUAUACCCGACGAGGACCGUGAACAACUUCAGCUCAGCCGGCGUAUUCAACGGAGUCUUGAACCGUACCUCUCCACGUUCAUUUCUGUAAGCGCGACGCUGCGUUUUCCACCCCCUUAUCCCAUUCGCCGCAUGAAAGAGCUCGACGACGAGUUGUUACGCGCCAAACAGGCGUGGGAAGACGAAGUCGUCCGCCGUGAAGAACAGCAGGAUUCACAUAUACACAGCCGCGAGGCGACUGUAACACCUUCCGCGAAUGCGUUCACGAGCUCCUCCUCUAUGAACAUGCUGAAGGCGAGCGGAACAUUCGACUGCGACGACGUCCACGCACAGAUAGAAUCUCUUCGUGUGCCAUCUAUCCCACAUACUCCGGGCAGCAUACCAAUCACGCCACGUCCACCGUCAGAACCAGCGAACGACCAACCAGGUUACUUUGAUCUUCGGAUGCCGAGCAGCUCUGGUUUGAGCUCAACGCCUGCUCUAUCGCCAGUUUCGACAAUGACGGCGACGACUAGUGUGCCCUCUACCCCUGCCGAGGAGACGCAGUUCACCCUGAAGACGUCGGAUGAUAUUGCCCUAGAAAGCAACCUGCGUUUCGUCAAAUGGCAGCACGCUGAGCAACAACGCAUCUGGGAAUGGUACCUGCGCAAGAACAAGGACGACUUCGUUGUGGAGAAGUACCAGUUCAUCAGUAUGUGGGAGUUCAAGGUGCCGAGCCCAGACCAGGGUCAAUUUCCUCCGUGCCGCCCGCCAGCUCUCAGCUAUCUUACCUACUAUGGAGAGCAUGACCGCACGCUCGGGCAGUUCAUCGCGGAAUGCAUUGGCGAGGGGCUGAAGUACAUAGUUGAACAGACUGUGUGCGAAGGCAAGAAUUGCGCAUAUCCCAUGACUCGUCACUGUACGAGCUACGUCCACAACGAGACUCGCAUCCUCGUUGCCACAGAACCAUGGGAUGGGGAGAUAGCGGGAGGUUCUGAUACCGGUCUCGUUGGACCCUCGCCGGAGCUUGUGACGACCUGGAGCGCGUGCAGACUCUGUGGGAGCGCGACGCCUUUCAUCCCCGUGAGCGAAGAGAUGCAACGUUACAGCUUCGCCAAGUUCCUCGAGCUUCACUUCUACCCAGCCGACGUGCAGCUCGUGCAGGGUGCAGGGUGCGAGCACAAUAUCUACGUCCACCACAUCCGGUACUUCGCCGCGCGCGGUAUGACCGUGCGACUUCAAACCGACCCCGUUACGCUUCACGAAAUCGUUUACCCCCCACGGCGUGUGCACGUCCGACCGGAGAGCUUGCUCGCGCUCAAGAACGCAGACUACACCCGACUGGCCGCGCGCAACGAGAUGUGGUAUAACGCUCUAGUGGACGACCUCAAGCUAAUCAACAUGGAUGCAGCCACUGGCGAUGAAGAGCAUGACUCGAAGCUCACUGCGCAUGUCAACCUCUUGAUCUCUCGUGCGGAGGCGGAGCAGGCGGAAGUUACGCGUUUACUCAAUUCGACGUAUGCGCAGAGCGCACCGACAGAUACACUUGCGCUCAAUGCCGUGCGCAGUGCCAGACAGGACAUGAUCGUUGCUUGGCAAGCCGAUUUCGACCAUCUCCCGAAGCCGCGUGAGCGCGAUCCGCGCCUGACCAGUAAGACGCGAGCGUCGACUUUCGGGACCAUGCGUGCGAUGUGGCCGCGUCGGAAUCCCGGUCACGAGAUGUCAUUUUACGAUAGCUCAACGGUGCCCAGUAGCAGCGUCUCAGAGGCAGAGGACGGCGGUCACAGGGUCACCUCGCACUUGCAUAGGGACACUACGGGCACAAGUGUCGGUGACUCCACGUUCCUAUCGAGCGCGUCCGACAUGAGCGAUUCAGAAAGCAUCGGUAUCAAACGCGAUGCCACACUUCGCAGGCGACAUAGAGAGGAGGCUACUACGAUAACAGACUUGCAGCCCGCCGAAAGCCCAAUCGCAGAGGAACCCCAGGUGCAGCCGUCAUCCAGCGAGAUACCGAAGUCAGAUCUCGAGGAGAGCGAUUCUACCAUUGGUGCGUUGAAUGCUGCGAGGACGGGAGACUAUGGUGUGGAUCAUGAGGCCUUGUCACCGCCGGAUGCAUCACUUUCGAUGGAUAAUAGCACCGUUCAACCAGAACCCCCUCGUCGUCCAGGUUCACGCCUACCCCGCAGGCCCAGCCAACAGCCCAGCGUUGCUGAACUCGUCAAAAAGUACCAAGAGUACCUUCCUGCCACGGGCGUGGAGGAUCUUGCAAAGACCGCUCUAUCUCCUCAGCUCUCCGGUACGGUCGAGAGUGAUGCGGAGUCGUUGUAUCCCUCGCCUCGUCCACCGCCAUCUGCUCGCAAUCGCAUGCGGCACCCUGCUCCGCGUAAGGCGUCCACCUCCGAUGCUGACUCGAGUUACGCUACGAAUAUCGCCCCGCGUUACUUGGCUCAUACACGGAGAAAGAAUCAGCAGAAUAGUCGCAUUCCAGCACCACCGCUACCCCCGCCUGAGUCUCAGGGCCCAUCUCGUCAACCGUCUCCGGAGAAGCGUCCUCGGCCUGAGGGUGGUCCUCGUGAUUAUGGGUUGCGUCAACAAGUGCCACCGCCUCUCAAGUUGACAGCUUCAAAGCCCGGGCGACCCCGGGACAAGUCAUUGUCACGUCCUCCGUCCAGCGCUGGACCGAAGGGAACUUUCCGUCGGCCUUCCAACGUUGCGCCCGGCAAGGUAUCCAAUAUCGCAAAGCAUUUUGAACGCAUCAAUAAGGAUACCGAGCGCGCCAAUAGGCGAUACGCGGUCAUUCGUGGUCGUAGAGCACGUCCUGUUGCUACUGCGCGCGCCAAGGUUGAAGUGUUGGAUAGCGUGAAAGAUGCGAUUCGCGACGAGUCGGAGAGCUCCGACUCCAGUGAGGCGGACGAUGAGGGCGGUGAUGAGGAUGACGCGCGCAAGGAUUCUCCCGAGAAGAUUUCCCCAGAAAGCUCGCAAACACUGCCUCAGGUCGCAGUGCAACCUCCAUCUCAAGGCCCCUCUGCAGCUGCCACCCCGGAGAACCAGGUCCAACCAUUGCCCGGCAUCGAUGCAACGCUAGCGCCCGCUGCCGCCAUUCAGUCUGAAACGCCGAUCACUAGCGCGACGCCAGUGCCUGCCGUUUCGCCUGCGGUGUCUCCUACCACUUCACCUCCAUUAUUGCCAUCGAUGAGAGAACAUGUCCCGUCUGACCUUGAUCUGGGCGGUGCCAUGGGUGGUAGCUCUAUCAUGAAGGCGCUUUCAGGCUUCUGGCCCCGCGAUCAAGUACAGGCACGAACACGCAAUGAUCUGGACAACGAAGAUCCGACUAUUGAUCCAGAGCAUAUAUUUCGUGACUCUUCUAUGGUCGUGCGUGCGGAUGAGCCAACCUCGAUCAUAGCCUUGGCUUUGAACUCGCCACAAUACCGUGAGAUGCUCACCAAGUCGCGUGCAGAGAAACGACUGGCUCGAGAGGCAAGAAUCAUGUCCGAGGGUGGGGAGGCAUUCAUGCCGGAUGAUCGGUCCAUCGCCGAGUCCAGCUCGACGUGGGGAAUGGUAAACAUGGAGUCGAGAGACGUUGACGACACCGCUAACCCGACUGACGAUCUACGCGUACCUUCUUCCAAAUUGCCGUGGGCUAUCACAUUCGAAAGCGGCGGCUUGACCAUCAGCUGCACGGUCCUGUACCCAGAACAGUUCGAUGCUCUCCGCCGCACCUAUGACUGUGAGAAGAGUAUGAUCGAGUCUCUGGCCCGUUGCGUCAAAUGGGAUUCCAGUGGUGGCAAGUCGGGCUCUGCUUUUCUAAAAACACAUGACGAUCGCUUCAUCGCGAAGGGCAUGUCUCGCACAGAAGUCCAAACAAUGGAAACAUUUGCGCCAGCCUAUUUCGACUAUAUGUCCUCGGCCGUUUCUGCAGACCGUCCAACUCUACUAGCGAAGGUCUUCGGUUGCUACAAGAUCACCUACAAGCGCAAUGAUGACAAAGAUAAGAAAUCAGGACGAGCCAAAGUGACUCAGAUGAACGUGAUAGUCAUGGAGAACCUCUUUUACGGCCGAAAGUUUUCGAAGAUAUAUGACUUGAAGGGAUCAACCCGCAACCGUCACGUUCAGUCAACUGGUCGGGAGAACGAAGUGUUACUCGACGAGAACUUGGUUCAAGCGGCCCACAUGGCCCCGUUCUACGUACGCGAACAUUCAAAGCGUAUUCUUCGUGGCGCAUUGUACAACGAUAGCAAGUUUCUUGCGGACAUCAACGUCAUGGACUACUCACUCGUGGUGGGUGUUGACAACCACAGUAAUGAGCUGGUAGUCGGCAUUGUCGACUACGUUCGCACGUACACUUGGGAUAAGAAACUGGAAAGCUGGGUCAAAGAGUCUGCAUUGCUAGGUGGUGGGGGUCGAGGCGAGCCUACUAUCGUGACGCCGAAGCAAUAUCGGCAACGUUUCAUUGCUGCGAUGGAACGAUAUUUCCCUUUGAUUCCCGAUAGGUGGAUGAAGGAGAAGGAUGCCCCUGAAGAGGAGGGUCAUGCACACUUGGACUUGUGGCCGGAUUGGUGA